AUGGCUCUCGAAGCAACCAAUUUUAAUCAAUAUCAAGAACCAACAAAAUCAUCAACUAAAAUAAUAAUACAUAAAAAUGGUGAGAGCAAUGAGUGGAUACAAGAUGAAUAUUUAACAGUCCCUUCUUCAGGAAGAAGCUCAAAAUAUUCAUCAAUAUACUCUACCCCACCUUCACCUUUAUUACAUAAUAUUCCUUUGAAUCCUAAUAAAGCUUUAUCAUUACAUGAAAUAAGUGAUUCAAUGUCUCCAAAUAUUUCCGAUCAAUCUCGUCCAAUAACCCCACAGCUUAGCAUUUCAGGAAUUUCGAGUACAACCACCACCGAAUCAUCAUCAACUUCUUUUUCUACGGUUCCUCUGCAAUUUAAUUUCGAAAAACCUUCCUCGUUAAGGGGUAAAUCGCAAAAGAAAAAAAAAUUUUUUCGUGAAUUAAAAAUGGCAUUUAAAUCCACCACCUCAUCAUCCAAACCCAAAUCAAUGUCAACACCUUCUUCAUAUCAUAAUUUUAGACACGUACAAUUUAAUAAAUAUGGUAAAUGGGGUAAGGUACUUGGAUCAGGAGUAGGAGGGACCGUACGUUUAAUACAUCGAACAUCUGAUAAUAAAUCUUUUGCUGUAAAACAAUUUCGUAAACGAUUCCCUUAUGAAUCAGAAAAAUCUUGGUUAAAAAAUAUUACCGCGGAAUUUUGUAUAGGAUCAACUUUACGUCAUGAAAAUAUCAUUGAAACCAUUGAUAUCAUACAAGAGAAAGGUCAAUUAUACCAAAUAAUGGAAUUUGCCCCUUUUGAUUUAUUUGAAAUUGUGAUGUCAAAAAAAAUGACCGAGGAUGAAAUUCAUUGUUGUUUCAAACAAAUCGUGUUGGGAGUAAGUUAUUUGCAUAACAUGGGAAUCGCUCAUAGGGAUUUAAAGUUAGAUAAUUGUGUAUUAAAUGAAUUUGGAAUUGUAAAAUUAAUCGAUUUCGGUUGUUCGGUCGUCUUUAAAUAUCCUUUCUUUGAUAAGGUCAUGCUCUCCUCAGGUCCUUGUGGAUCGGAUCCAUAUAUUUGUCCAGAGUCAUAUACUCGCACAUCUUAUGAUGUUCGAUCAGCAGAUAUCUGGUCAUUGGGAAUAAUUUACACAUGUAUGACUACAGGAAGGUUCCCUUGGUUGGUAGCUAAAUCGGGAGAAGAAGCUUCAUUUAAAACCUUUUUACGUUACCCUGAUCGUUUAUUUAAAAAACUUCCUUUGGCAUCUCGUUCCAUUAUGAGAAAAAUCCUCGAAGUUGUUCCAGAAAAACGUGCUACUUUACAAGAUAUAUUUGAAGAUAAAUGGUUUAAGAAUAUUGAAUGUUGCGUAAAAGAUCAAAAAUCCACCGGUCAUAUACAUCACUUGGUGGAUAAUAACAACGAUGAAACUUCUGAAAAAUAA